GCGGCGCAUCUUAGUUUUCCUUUCCCUCGUAACACUAUUAUUCUUCUUUCUUCCCGGUUUCUUCUUCUACAGUUCAAUCAUUCCAAGCGUUUUCUUCUCGAAUCAGCCUCUCCGAAUCGUUGUGUUGUUUGUGUAGGAACGAAGGAAAUUUGUUACGUGGUUGGAAUAUCUGAACACAAUACAAAAUGUUUUUUGAUGGAUAUGGUUAUCACGGAGCAUCAUUUGAGCAGACAUAUCGAUGUUACCCUGCAUCAUUCAUUGAAAAGCCACAAAUUGAAAGUGGUGAUAAAAUUAUAAUGCCUCCCUCGGCCCUUGAUCGACUAGCAUCUCUACAUAUUGAUUAUCCAAUGUUGUUUGAGCUUCGGAAUGAGGCUACCCAAAGAGGCUCUCAUUGUGGGGUGCUGGAGUUCAUUGCUGAAGAAGGCAUGAUCUAUAUGCCAUAUUGGAUGAUGGAGAACCUGGUCUUGCAAGAGGGGGAUAUUGUUCGAGUAAAAAAUGUGACACUUCCCAAGGGGAAAUAUGUCAAACUGCAACCCCAUACAACGGACUUCUUGGAUAUUUCUAACCCCAAAGCUAUCUUGGAGACAACGCUGAGGAAUUAUUCCUGCUUAACCACUGGGGAUAGUAUAAUGGUGCCAUAUAACAAUAAGAAGUAUUAUAUUGAUAUCAUAGAAACUAAGCCUUCAAAUGCUAUAAGUAUCAUCGAGACUGACUGUGAGGUGGACUUUGCACCUCCGCUGGAUUACAAGGAGCCUGAAAAGCCUGUUGCACCUGUUCCAUCUGGAAAGGCACCAGCACAAGUUGAUGAGGUUCCUGCUGAAGCAGAACCAAAAUUUAACCCUUUUACUGGAUCGGGAAGACGCUUGGAUGGGAAACCUUUGAAUUACGAUCCUCCACCGGUCCCCUCCUUGGGUUCUAAAGACAAGGGAUCUGCAGUUGCCAAUGGAAAGGGGCAGCCUUCUGCAGGGUCAAGCUCACAAAGUGCCGCACGCCAGUCGCAGGGAAAGCUUGUAUUUGGGUCAAAUGUAAGCCGUGGACCCAAGGCAACAGAAAAGGAUGCUGGGAAAGAGACUAAACCAGAGGAGCCCCAAAAGAAAGAGGAGCCAAAAUUCCAGGCAUUCACUGGAAAGAAGUACUCAUUGAGGGGUUGAUUGUUAUGCUGACAAUUGAUACCUUGUUCUACUUGCUUGUCCUUUGCAGCAGGUGAACCAUAGGAUUACAUGGUUCUCUAUGAUGAUGUAUCAUUAAAGAUGGAACAGUAAGUUAUCAUUCCAGAAUGAAUGAAAAGGGUACAUAUAACUUAAUUUUCAUUUGAUUGUGAAGCUUCAGUAGAUUCGUGCACUUGUGCCUUGAACAGAUAUUGACAGUCGCAUUUGUGUCGUUUCCCGUGCAUUCUAUAUGUGAAGAUGCAACAAAUUUGAAUCACUAGUGCAAGUGAAGUCGUGGUUUAAUCACGUGUUUCAGGAUU